AUGUCAAAGUAUUACUUGAGUCACAUGUAUCAGAAAGGUUUAGGUGUGCCAAUUUCGAAUGAGAAAUCGUUACAAUUACUUUAUGAAUCAGCGAGUCAUGGGUUUGUGCAUUCACAACUUCAUUUAGGACUUCGUUAUAAGAAUGGAGAGGGCAUUGAGCAAUCCAAUGAGAAAGCUUUCGAAUGGAUUGAAAAAGCUGUAGAACAAGAUUAUGCUCAAGCUCAAAACCAUUUAGGAAUACUGUAUUUGAAAGGUAAAGGUAUUUACCAAUCCUAUGACAAAGCAUGUGAAUGUUUUCAAAAAGCAGCCAAUCAAAACAACAAGUGUGCUCAAUAUAACUUAGGACUUCGUUAUAAGAAUGGACAAGGAAUUGAGCAAUCUUAUGAGAAAGCUUUCGAAUUCUUUCAAAAAUCUGCCAAUCAAGACCAUAUACAAGCUCAAACAGAGUUGGGAAUAAUGUUUUAUCAUGGACAAGGAGUUGAACAAUCUUUGGAGAAAGCUUUUGAAUGGUUUGAAAAAUCAGCUGUUCAAGGAUAUGCACAAGCUCAAAGUUAUUUAGGAUUGUUAUAUGCUAAGGGACAUGGAAUUAAACUAUCGUAUGAGAAAGCAUGUGAAUGGUGUCAAAAAUCUGCCAUUCAGGGCAUUCCCGAAGCUCAGUUUUUAUUGGGAAAUUUAUAUUAUUGUGGUAAAGGAGUUGCAAAAUCCAAAGAGAAUGCAUUCUAUUGGAUGGAAAUGGCAGCUGUUAAAGGAUACACGCAAGCUCAAUUUAUGUUGGGACGAAUGUAUGAACGUGAAAAUCUAAUGGAGAAAGCAUUGGACUGGUAUCUGAAAGCAGCAAAUCAAUUAUCCAAAGAUGCACAACAGGCUGUUUUGAGAUUAUUGAACCACUAA